AUGGCGAUUAACUUGGGUGUUAAAGCUCUUCUCGGCUGGUGCAGCCAAAGGCACUUCAUUAUCUUGGGACAAAUACGAGAUGGCAUCAACCUUACUGUAGAAAUUGCAAAGGUGCUUCUGUUGCUUGUGUACCAUGACAUGAUGAACGACCGCUGCACUCUUAACAUGUUGGAAUGUGAUGGCGAGCGCGAGAUAGCAAUUCUAACUGGUUCCUUUGUGAUGGAGAGUGAGGGCUGUGUUUAUCUGAGCAAUGGACUUGAAGCCCAUUUGGCAAGGAGAAAUUUGCCUGUUUCCCGUGAAAUAUUUGCACGAUCAGCAACCACCUCUACCUCCAGUGUGCCGACAAUCUCCUCGCUCUCAGAUGAAGACUCGCCCGUCUUCCACCGGACACAGAAAAUCACAUUUGUGGACAUGCAAACUGUGGCUUCUUCCUCAGUCAGUAAAUCUCCUUUGCAGGAUAUUAUGAACACCCCUAAAUUUCAGUUGAGAAAGAUGCAACGACAGAUGGUCAAAGAGAGAGACUACAGAGAUGGGUUGGAGAGAGAGCUGAUCAGCAAGACUGCGCUCCUUGCACAGAAUGAGUGUCACAUUAACCAGUUGCAGUACCGCUUGGAUAAGCUGAAAGAAGAUCAAGGUGACAGGGAGCAGGUUACCAGGGAACAAAUCAAUGAUCUCGAGACCAAGAGCAACACGUUACAAAUACAUCUUAAUGAAAUGUUAAAGCAAAAUAAAGACCUCAAAAGUACAUCCUCACUUAUGGAGCGUAAAGUGGAUGAACUGACAGAAGAAAAUGGUGUACUUUCCUCCCAGGAGCUCCUGACUGAACAGAUUCAGAUCCUCCAGGGAAAGAUUUCCUGUUUGGAGGAUGAAAUAAGCAGGGCCACUAAGGAAGAAGUAGGAGAGAAUAUGGGGCCUGUAAUGGAGGCUGAGCAGGAAAUUCAACUUAAGCAAGAUUUACUGGCUAAAACCCAACAAGAGAAUAUCCAGCAAAGGGAAGGACUCCAACAGCAGGUCACAACCUGUGAAGAGGAGGUUCAGAAGCUAAAUGCAGAGAUACAGGUCAAAAAUGAGCAGCUUGUUAUGCUAAAGAAUGAGAGUUCUCAACAGGCUGAAUUGCUGGAGCAAGAGAUUAAAGGUCUAAAAGGCCAAGUAGAAAGUCUGAAUGACUCUCUCAGAAAGGCUGAGGAUCAAGUUCACACCCAGCUAGUUAUGCUUAAAAAGCAGGAGCAGGAGAGUGCUCAAAAGAAGGAGCUGUUGGACCAAAAACUGUCUGCUUCUGAAGACAGGGUAAGGAGCAUGAAGGAGGAGAUCCAAGCUAAAGAAGAACAAAUGAAUGUGUUAAAAAAUCAAAGUUCAGAGCAGUCAGAACUGCUUCAUCAAGAGAUCUGUGAUUUAAAGAAACAAGUGGAGUGUCUUAGUUCCUCACUGAGGUCUGCUGAGGACAAUUUGCAAUCACAGGAAAAUCUGUUUGCCAAACAGCAAUUGCAGAACACUGAGCAGAUGGAGGCACUCCAGGCGCAGUUAGUUGUGUCUGAAGAUGAGGUGAAGAAGCUAAACGCAGAGAUUCAUGCCAAGGAGGAACGGUUGGUUCAGCUAAAGACUGAGACUUCUGCAGACUCUGAAUUGCUACAGCAGGAGAUUGAGGGCCUGAAUAAACAAAUACAAAGCAUGAGCAAUUCUCUUGAUGUCGCCAAAGACCAGGUUCAAGCUAAAGAAUAUUUGAUUUCCAAGCAGGAGCAGGAAAGCACUUUGGAGAUUGAGGCACUUAGAAAUCACAGUGCAGUCCUUGAAAAGGAGUUAAAUCGGCUGAGGGAGGAGAUCCAAACUAAAGAACAUGAGGUAGACAUAUUAAAGGUUGAGAACUGCAAGGAGUCAGAAGUGCUACAAAAUGAGAUCCAGAAUCUAAAGAAUCAAGUGGAAAGUUUGGGUGAAUCACUGAAGGCUGCAACAGAGCAGGUUCAGGCUAAAGAAAAUCUGCUGAUUCAAAAAGAAUUGGAGAUUUCUCAGGAAAAGGAUACACAUCAAAACAUGCUGACAAAAACUGAGGAGGAGAUGAAAGGGCUUAGGGAACACAUCCAGGCUAAAGAGGAACAACUAGUCACACUAAAGAAAGAGGGCUCCUCACAUUCUGACAUGCUACAGCAAGAGAUCAGAUGUCUAAAAAACCAACUAGAUAACAUGGUUGACUCUCUCACAAAGGCUGAGGAGAAGGUUCAGACCCAGCUAGUUAUGCUUAACAAGCAGGAACAGGAGAGUGCUCAACAGAAGGAGCUUCUGCAGCAACAGCUGUCUCAUUCUGAGGAUCAGGUCAGGAGCAUGAGGGAGGAAAUCCAAGCUAAAGAGGAACAGAUGAUACUGCUGAGGACUGACAGCUCAGAGCAGUCGGAUUUGCUAAAUCAAGAACUCCAAGGUUUGAAGGAACAGGUGGAGACUCUUGGUUCCUCACUGAGGAAGGCUGAGGAAGAUAUGCAGUCCAAGGAAGAUGUGUUGACUCAAUGUGAAGAAGAGAUUCAAAAACUCAAAGAAUCUCAGAGUAACAAAGAAAGCCUCCUCUUCAAGGCUGAAGAGAAGCUUCAGAUCUUCCAGACAGAGUUGUCUGCUGUCAACACACUCAUAGCUGAUAAAGACCAAAAUCUCGACAUUCUCAGAGAGGAGGUCACUGCCCAAGCUUACUUGGUACAAAAGGCUAAAGAGGAAGCUGAAGCCAAUGAGAAAAUUCUGGCUGAGAUAAAGGAGGAGAGCUCCAAACAGACAGAUGUUCUUCAACAUGAGAUCCAGGAUCUGAAAGGGGAAGUGAAUAACAUAUCUCUGAAACUUCUGGCUAAGGAGCAGAUGUUAUUUAAAACUCGACAGGAGUCCACUGAGCAGAUAGACCUCCUCCAGCAGCAGCUCGUCUCAGUAAAUGCAGAGCUGAACCAACACAAAGAGAGACAUGCUGCAGAGCUCAGACUGAAAGAGGAUGUGCACGAGCUGCAGGUUGUCACUCUUAGGGAAAAAGAGGCUCUUGUUCAGGAAAAAGAGGUACUCAUGGCCAGGAUACAUCAGGCGGAAAAGGGUCAGAAAUCUCUCGAAAAACAGCUUGAAGACAUGGCCCUUGAGAAGGAGAGACUUGCUCAAGCCAAGCAGGCCAUAGAGAGAGAGAACACAGCCUCCUGUAAACUGGAAUCUGUGCUAAAGCAGGAACUGAAAACAUUGAAGAGAGAAAGAGAGAAGGAGAAAAUCUUGAAAGAGAAUGAAAAAACUGAAGAAAUUGAGAUGCUGAAGAGAGACCUACAGCAACAGCUCUCAUCUAAAUCAGAGGCAGCAGAACACUACAAGGGACAGAUGGAGAAAGCAAUGAGUCAUUACAAUGCCAAGAAGCAGCUUCUCCAGGGAAGCCAACAGGAGGUGGCUGAACUCAAGCAUUCCUUAGAAGUUAAAGAGAGUGAAGUAAACGCUAUUACCACGGAGAAUAAGCUACUUCAACGGGAUUUGGAGAAGGCCCAAACCAGUGAGAAAAAACUUUUGAACACAGUGGCCAAUUUGAAGGCGCAGCUGGCCAAUGCUGACCAUAUCCUGCGGGUACAGAAUAAGAUUCAUAGUAAUGAAGGAAGUGCAACAGACUUGUGUCACUUGGACAUUCCCAACACACGCUCAAGUAUUCAGAUGAGGGUGAAGAGGACUAUGAGCUCUGAUAGCCUGGACCAGAGCUCUCUGGAAGACUCUUUGAACAACACAAGGAAACUUUCAGCACCUGAUGAAUCAAGCACACCACUUGUUCGCAGUUCAGAGCGCUUGGCAGCCAAACGUCGGGGUCUACAGGCGGAUUCAUUGGAAACACUGUAUUUCACACCAAUAAACACUAGACAGAUUAACAGGACCAGUACAGACAACAAAAUGGAACUGGAUUCAGCCCGGAACAAUCCAAGUUCAUCUGUCAAACGGCGCAGGACCACGCAGGUUAUAAACAUCACUCUGACCAAGAAAACCCCAGGCUGCAAUGAAGGUGAUGACACUUUCUACAGUCUGGUCUCAGCUCGCUCCCACCCAAACCUCUCCAGUGCUCACUCUGCACGACCCGUGUCUAUGGAGCUGUUUGACACACCUGCCAGAAUGACGGGAGCUGCCAGCGAUCAACUCAUUGGUCUUCCAGGGUUCAGACGGAGCACAAUCAAUUCACAGACCACUAGUACAUUUUGUGUGGGGGCAGAGAAUGAGCCAGAGGGAGCGCCUGAAGAUUGGAUGAGGAUUGCUGAGCUCCAGAGCAGGAAUAAGGCCUGUCUUCCUCAUCUAAAGAGCAGCUACCCUGUGGAGUCUGAGACUGGCCGUGGCGGUGCAUUCAUUUUCACAGAUGAAGAACUACGUACAGGUGACCCAUCUGACACAAUCCGUCGGGCGUCCAUGAUGCCUGGGCAGCUGCAAGACUCUCUCGUUUCCCACCGGCACUCUCUCAUGAUGGGACCGUCAGGUGCUGCAGCCAAUACUCGUUCUCGUCUGUCCUUGAUGCCCGGCCAGCUGCCAUCAAAGACAAUCAGCUCCUCUCAGCUGAGAAGCCCGAAAGGCACAAAGCGGUCUUCAUCUACAUUGUCUGUACAUAACACUUCGCCUGAGAAAAAGAUGAAGGCCAGCUGCUUCCCCCUAACCCCCAAAAACAAGAAUGUGAACAGUGGUCCUUCCAGAUCUCAGCUUCACCCUGCCCUCAGUCCAGCUGAGCGGAGGCAGUCUAUGAUGUUCACUGUUGAGAACACCCCUAAAGCCAACAACUACCUGAAGAAGGGGCUGAACAAACUACGCAGCUCCACCAGAAAAUCCCCAGGAAAAAGUUCAAAGUCGCCUGCUCAGAAAAGUGCGCGCAAGUACCAAGAAAACAUACCUUCAGGAAAUCCUCACACUAGAGUGGGACGAGCAGGCAGAGUUACUAAAGGACAGAAAUCUCCACAAACCACCAGCAGGACUGCAAAGUCUCCUGGACUGACUGCUAGUGCUCGCAAGAUGAUAAUGAGGAAGAUGAAGGUGUGAGGACAGUUCUACUUGAUCAUACUUCCUUAUUUUUUGUUGUUGUCCUUCAG